AUGGGAGCGUGGAGCAGGGAGGACGAUAAGGCCUUCGAAAUCGCCCUGGCGACGGUGAUGCCUUUCAAGGAGGAAGUCGGGGAGGAGGGUGAUGAGAAGAGAUGGGAGGAGAUCGCGGCUAAAGUGCCAGGAAAGACGGCGGGAGAGGUGAAGGUACACUACGAGGUGCUGGUGGAGGACUUGCGCGCCAUUGAGACCGGGAAGGUGCUCCUGCCCUCUUACGUCGCGGGGGAAAAGGAGAAGGACAGGGAUCCGCAGCAGCAGCAGCAACCCAGCGGCGCCGGAGAUAAGAAGGGGAGCGCCUUGGGGAGCCUUGGAGGAUUCGAUUCCGGCGGUGGCCACGCGAAGGCUGGAUCGAAGUCGGAGCAAGAGCGGCGGAAGGGUAUCCCCUGGACAGAGGAGGAGCAUAAGUGAGUCCUCAGCAAUCCUUAUCGCACAUUCGUUUUCUCCAAAUUAAUUGCCCAAUUUUUCAGAAAUUACCGAGAAAACACAAUCUCGAUGACGCAUUUAUUCUGUGUGAAUUAACGAGGAUAGAUAUCCAUUUUCUGAGUUGGGGGGUUGACUUUAGGCUCCGAUAAAAUUCUGAGAGGGGAGGGUAUUUCUGUUCUGUUCUGUAAUUGUGCCUUGGCGGUGGUGAUAUUUCGCUUUGCCGACGACGAUGGAUGUCUCCUCUCAGGCUGUUCUUGCUGGGCCUCGACAAAUUCGGCAAGGGUGACUGGAGGAGCAUAUCGAGGAACUUCGUCAUCUCAAGAACUCCGACGCAGGUCGCCAGCCAUGCCCAGAAGUAUUUCAUCCGCCUGAACUCCAUGAACAGGGACAGGAGACGGGCGAGCAUCCAUGACAUCACGAGCGUGAACAAUGGUGAUGUAGCUUCUCCCCAUGUCCCCAUUACGGGCCAGAUGAACCCUGCUAUGGUCGCUGCCGUAGGCCAAGCGAUGAAGCACCCUGGCCAUCCCCACCCUACAAUGCCAGCGAUGGGGAUAUAUGGCCCUGCUGUAGGUCAGCCGACUACUGGGCACAUGAUGUCGGCAGUCGGGACUCCAGUGAUGCGCCCGUCUGGGCACCCCAGUUAUGUAAUUCCAGUAGCUUACCCCGUCCCUCCGCCGACCAUGCAUCCAUAG